UUUUUCCUGGAAACUUCCUCUUCUAUACAAAUCAUUACUUUAGUUAAGGAAGAAGUAGAAGAAGAGUAGUAUCCCAUACUAUACCUAACCAUUGAUGGGUUCUUUCGACCGCCAAAGAGUUGUCCCGAAAUUCAAAUCAGCAACUCCAUCACCUCUCCCCCUCUCUCCCUCUCCUUUCUUCACUCUGCCUAAUGGUGUUUCUCCCGCAGACCUUCUCGACUCUCCUAUUCUCUUCACUUCCUCUAACAUUUUGCCAUCACCAACGACAGGCACAUUUCCGGCGCAAUCUCUGAACUGGAAGAACAACGGUUUGGUCAUUGACCAAAAUGAUAUCAAAUACGAAGAUGGGAAGAACCAGUUAGAUUUUUCCUUCGCUAACAAGAACACAGCUCCUCCCUUGUUCCUACCAUCUAUGGUAACUCAACCUUUACCGCAACUGGAUGUAUCCAAGUCUGAGUCUCUGUCAAGUAACAAAACCUCUGAUGAUGGCUACAAUUGGCGUAAAUACGGACAGAAGCAAGUCAAAGGAAGCCACAAUCAUCCCAAGCCUCCUCAAUCCACUAAGAAAUCAGCUUCCACCGGUGUAGCAGCAGCACAUCAGAGUAGCAGUCAUGACACUGGUGAGGAUGAAGCAGACGCCAAGAGAUGGAAAAGAGAAGAGAAUGUGAAGGAGCCAAGACUGGUGGUUCAGACAACAAGUGAUAUAGACAUUCUUGAAGAUGGCUACAGAAGCAAUUAAUCUUGCAUUUCAGCAUUCGGAUUGCAAUUAAUCUUCAGUCAUAAUGUUCCUUAAUCAUGUGCUCAGGACUAAGAUUCUUCGUGCCAAUCUGUUGCUGCCUCUAAAUGAUUAACUAUAGAAUUAUGAGAAAAAUUACUAGUAUAUAUGUACCGGUUUAGUUAUA